AUGCUGGCUGUCCGAAGUUUGGUGGCCGGGGCCGACUCACUGAUGCCAGGCCAUGAUCCAGACAUAGAGCAAUGGCACAGCAGUAUCCGAUUCCUCGUGGUGUCCUCGGCGGUCAUUGCCAACAACAUCCUUCGCGUUUGGUGUAUUGUUUUCUUUGCUCAGCACCACAAGCUGUUGCUGGUUGGCUGGCAGCUUCCCUUUGAGUUGUUGGGGGCGCUCCUCUCAAUUCACAUUACUUGCAAAGAUGCCGAUGUUCAGCGACGGUUGAGAAGCUCUGGCAUUGCCGGGCGCAUCUGCCUGGGUUUUCUGGCUUUCAGCAUCCUUGGCCUGUGCCAGGUCAUCCACGUAAAGAGGGCUUGGGCCCGGCGGAUGCGGAGUGCUGAGGUGCUCGACAGUCUGGACGAUCGAGACUUCAUGUGGACACCCGUGCUUGGAGGCGAGCGUGGGCACCCAGUGGCCAUCAUCACCAACUUCUCCAUCGUUCCUGUCACGUUGUACGCCUUUUUGACCAAACGGUGCUGGAACAUGCCCGACUUUGGCAAUGCGCCUUCCUCGAUUUGGUGGUGCGAACGGAAGUCCGAAACUGAAACCUACGUUUUGGCAGCAGGGAUUCUCUCGGCCCUCACGGUGAUUAGCGUUUGUGUAGUGGACAUUGAUAUCGUGGUCUCUGCCUUCGUGGCUCGACGCUACCACUUGGACUUUGGCCGCCGCGGCUCGCGCGUGGGAUUACUGCAGGUUCUAUACCCGGUGGUGCACAUUACUUUCCGCAUCGCAGAGGUAGUGUCAAGAAUCGCUCUGUUGACCGUGUGCGUGGUGAUCUCAGGCUUUGAGCUACGGGUAAGAGGUUUGGUUGCUUCCUUCUCAUUGCUUGCCUUGGACUACCUCAUAACAUGGAUCGUUCUUUGGCGCUACGCACCAAAGAGUGAGCGAUGGGUGAUUCAUUUCUUUGUGGCACUGAGUUUCAUGAUCGCAGACAUGGCAAAGUUCAUCGAUCGGCCUGGGUUCUGCUACCCUGCAAGACGCAUCAGCCUUGCAAUUGGGAGGUGGCGGAAGCUGCAAAUUCUUCUCAUUUGCGGCGCUGGCUAUGCGGAGAUUCGUUGGGGUGAGCGACUAGACAGGAGAGAUAUCAUGGAGUAUCUGCGCGGCUAUGCGAUUCUCAUCGCGCUUGCCACAUCAACUUUGAUCAGCCAGGUUCUCCAGCUCACGCCUAUGAUAGACUCCACAGGAGAUGAUCUUCAUACUGCAGUUCAGAAUCAUAAGAUCUCGCGCGUGCGAAAACUCCUGGACACUGGGCUGGCUGGAGAAGCCCUGGAUGUGAAUGGGCCAACGAAGGACUCAGAGCAAGUCACAGCUACAAUGCUGGCAGCGAAGGAGGGCUUCGUCGAGGCCCUUCGUAUGAUCAUGUCUUGUGGCGGCCGCGUGGACGUGCGUGAUUCAAAGGGUGAGACCUGCAUCCACUAUGCCGUGCGGCAUCUGCAGCUGGAGGCCCUGGAAUUCCUGGUACGACAGCAGGGAGCAGCGCAGGUUUUGCAUAGCUGCCGAGAGGAACUGCGCAGCUUGGCGGCUGCUGCUGCAGGUAUGGACCUGACACCGCCGGAGCGUCCAGGACCGGAGGUGAUUGAGAGCGGAGGCGCGCAGCCUUUGGACGAGAUGCGGAGAAGUCGCGGUAGGGUCGUGGUGGAAAGCCCAGCAAACGAGACGCCGUCAUUCCUAUUUCGCGCCUCUGCGAAGUUUGCACGUAGGCUGAGCCCCGACGAGGCCCGUCGCUUGGUUCUAUUGCUCGAGCCAAACAGAGGUACCCGAAGAAAUGCCGAGGAGAACCAGGUCUCUGGAAGAUUGAGGAACGUGAGAACACAUUUGGCUAUGAGCCGGCACCUUCUUCGACUCUUUCCAAACGCCUUGGAAGAGGAUGUGCCCCAACUUCAUGAGCUCCACUCUGUCAGUGCAUUGGUUUUUGGCCAUGGUGCUGGUGCAUUUGCGCGAGCUUUCCUGCACGUUGCGCCGGUUGCCGGGUGGCUGCAGUCUUUGAGGCGCGUGAGGGAGCUGGGCCAAGGAGCAUCAGGAACCGUGAUCGAGGUGGAGCUGGAUGACUCCCUCGUCGCGUCUCCGAGCAGAUCCGGUUUCAUGUUUGCACGGCCAAGGCUCUUGACCAACGCGUCUGCACCGCGAUCGCUGGAUGAUGUCACAUUUCUGGAGCCACGCCGCUUCGCGAUGAAGCUGCAGUCCAAGCGGAAUCUAGACUGGCAGGCCUACUCAGAGGUGGUCGCUCUGAGAAGGGCGGGACAUCCCUUCAUCGUGCGCUUAGAGCAAGCAUUUCAGACUCCUCAUUACUACGCCUUGCUGUUGGAAUUCUGCCCGAAUGGAGACAUGAACCAGCUCUUGUGCAACACGCACGAGAACGGGCGGCGCCUGGGUUUACCUGUGAGCCGAGCCGCGAAGUAUGCCGGCCAAGUGCUGCUGGCACUGGUCCAUCUCCAUGAGGUGCUGGGCAUCAUCUACCGUGACGUCAAGCCAGAGAACAUCCUCCUGUCUGCACAAGAUGAGGCCAAGCUGGCGGACUUCGGGCUUGCCCUGUAUGUAGGGGGCAACUUCUUCAGUGCCAACUACUCCAUGCCCAUUGCGGGCACACCCAGGUUUCUGGCCCCCGAGCUGGUGCUGGGCGAGGAGUCCGACAGUGAAAUGUCAUCAAUAGAGCAGGGUGCCUUGCGGGACGUACGGUUUGAUCCUUUCAAGACCGAUGCGUACAGCUUCGGGGUCACGCUCUAUGUCAUGCUGUUGGGAGAAGAUUGUGCUGAUUUGGAGCAUGGUGAUAGGGAGUAUUUGUGGAUCUUGCCAAGGAGGCUACCCGACGCAGAGCAGACGGAGCUUCUCGAGAGCUCCUGCAAAAAUGGCCGGCUUCUUCCGGAGGCAAAGGACCUCCUGGAGCAGCUUCUUCCAUCCAGGCCACAAAUGCGCAGACGUUUGGCAGAUACCGAAAUCAAGAGCCACAACUUCUUUCUAGUGGCGUUGGGUUGCAAGGACUUAGAGGCGCACCUGCUGAGCGAGGCAGGAUACCCUGUCACUACGCAACCCACAACUUGA